AUGACGGGUCUUGACUGUGGGGGUCAGGGUCUUGACUGUGGGGGUCAGGGUCUUGACUGUGGGGGUCAGGGUCUUGACUGUGGGGGUCAGGGUCUUGACUGUGGGGGUCAGGGUCUUGACUGUGGGGGUCAGGGUCUUGACUGUGGGGGUCAGGGUCUUGACUGUGGUGGUCAGGUUCUUGACUGUGGUGGUCAGGUUCUUGACUGUGGGGGUCAGGGUCUUGACUGUGGGGGGCGGGGGCGUGUCGGCUGUGGGGGCGGGGGCGUGGGCGUGUCGGCUGUGGGGGGCGGGGGCGUGUCGGCUGUGGGGGGCGGGGGCUUGUCGGCUGUGGGGGCGGCGUGUCGGCUGUGGGGGCGGCGUGUCGGCUGUGGGGGCGGCGUGUCGGCUGUGGGGGGCGGCGUGUCGGCUGUGGGGGGCGGCGUGCCGGCUGUGGGGGGUGGUGUGCCAGCUGUGGGGGCAUCGUGCCGGCUGUGGGGGGGGCAGUCGGGGUACCGACUGCGGGAGGCACGCGAGCACUGGCUGGCAAAUGAUUUCCGGGAGGCUGGAAUGACAUACAGUGCGGGCUCCGAUGAGCAAAUAGGGGGCGACGGCCGGCGCCGCCCCGCGCCGGUGUGA